GCCCGCGAGUGCCAGAGGCAACAGCAGACAGCAGACACGUUCGUUAGCAUUCUGCUACUUCCGGUAGGAGCGGCGCCGUGGUGCGCAUGCGCGGGCAGCCCAGCACCUGUGUGCGGGCGUCUUAUAAUCAGGUAAUGGUGCAGCCUGCGCCGGGCUGUAUUACAGGAGUAUAAACGUCCGCAGAGGACAACUUUCAUUUGCGUUAUUAGCCGUCUUCAGCGCAAUGAAUCCGGCAAGCGGCACAGAUGACGCAAGCACGCCAGCACACUACACACCUCGUGCAGGAGGAGGGGGUGGUUUGUACCUGGAGUCCUACGAGGUGUCUUUCCCUCUGGCGGAGAGCAUGGAGAGGCCUGCCUCCUACCACCACAGCCAACACAUGGACGAGCCCGCCAUGCAGGAGCCCCCCCCAUCGCAGUACAGCCCCUUCAUCCUGGUCUCCAACCUGCGGGCGCACCUCUUCGUGGCACUGGAGAAGAACGCCUGGCUGCAGAAGCGCAUCGAGGAGCUGGAGGAGGAGCGCAACUUCCUGCGCUGCCAGUUGGACCGCUUCAUUGUCAGCAUGCGGGGUCACGAGGAAUGGUGCGGGGAUGCCCAGCGUGGUGUGAAGGUCCAACCUAGCAGCCCUCCUCUCCCGCCCUCACCCAUGACCACCAGGUCUGGAAUGACCCUAAAACGCCUGCAGGCGUCUGGAUCUCGCCCCCGCCACGGAGGCGGCGUCCCUGUCAAGCAGGAGUUCCACCUGGAGGAGGAGAACUUCUACUCUGACCAGGAGUUCCUGGAGGAGGAGGAGGAGGAAGAAGAGGAAGAAGACGACUCCUCGGUGGAGGCGGGGUCAAAGAAGAAGGGCAGAGGUCGUGCGGGGGAGCCCAGGAUGAAGAUGAGGAGGAUCUUCCGCAUCACUCACGGACGGGAGAGGCAGCGAGUCAAGGACCCGGAUGGGGUUCUGAUCCGCUACAAGAAGAUCCUCACCACCUACCAGCGCGUGAGGAGCAUGUCCAGAGCAUUCCAGAUCCACGGAGUGGACCGGAACACCAUGGCCUCCACCUCCCCCAUUGCUGAGGUCCUGCUGGUGGCGCCAGAGAAGAUGGAAGAAGUGGGCGAGUUUGAGGCAUCAAAGGAGAAGCUGCUGGACUAUGCCAGACGCUGCUACAAGAUCAUGGACGAGCAGACGCAUGCUAAAGUCCAGACCUUGAAGAAGACUCACAAGCUGCUGCCCAUCUCCUACCGCUUCAGAAACUGAGCUGGAAGCUUCAAGUGUUUCUGGCUGAAUGCUGCAUGCUGGGGUUUCUUACAUUUUCAGUCAAAAUAGUUUGGUUGGCAGCAGCCGUAGCAACAAAACAACACUUCCUGUUUUCAGAGGAAGUUGCUUUAUUUUUACAUGUUGGCGUACGAAAUGUAAUUUUAUUUGAUACCAUAUUUUGUUACUUCAACAUGCCAACAGAACACCUCGGUUUUGUACUUUGUGAUAAAUAAUUUAUUUUCUUUGGAACAAAUAUAAAUAUGUUGUAUUUAAGUUGGUCUUCAAUAAAUAUAAUAUAAAUAUUAAAAUUCAUGCCUAAAGACGAAUGUUUCUGUUUGCUUAGUAAUGGACUGCAGCGCCCUCCAGUGGGUUAAAAAAGUAGUACACUUAUCUAUUGGCAACACUGUACGGCCGAACCUUGGAAAACUAAUUCUACAAUGUGAUGUCUUCUCGAUUGAUACAAAGUGAUCCAUCGAUCAAUGCAGCUACUUUAUCUUGUGCGUGAGUUCAUUGGUACCAUUCUGGUACCAAUGGAAGACCUCGCACUCCAAAAGUUAUCCCUC